AUGGCUUUAACAAGUUUCUAUCAAUCUUUGGUUCGAAAGAAACCAAUGGUUGUUGGUGAGAGUCUGUUGGAAAAAUAUUUAGGAAAAUGGGAUUUGACAAUCCUUGGAAUUGGUGCUACUAUGGGAGUAGGUGUCUAUGUUCUAUCUGGUGAAGUGUCGAGAAACUACACAGGACCAGCGAUUGUCCUUUCAUUUGCGAUUGCUGCAUUUGCAAGCUUGUUGGCUGGACUCUGUUAUGCAGAAUUUGGUGCUCGAGUACCAAAAGCUGGCUCAGCUUACAUCUACUGUUUUGUGACAAUUGGAGAAUUUAUGGCUUUCAUCAUCGGAUGGAAUUUAAUUCUUGAAUAUGCAAUCGGAAGUGCUAGUGUAGCCAAAGGGAUCUCAAAUUAUGUCGAUGCCAUAACUGGAAAUGCAAUUAGUAAAUUUAUGACUGAGUUGCUGCCUAUUCAUGUCUCAUUUUUGGGCGCAUAUGCAGAUUUUAUGGCAUUUGGAAUUAUUUUUGUGAUCACACUCGGACUAGCCUUUGGUGCUCGAGAAUCAUCUCGCGUGAGUAACGUUUUCACUAUUGUCAAUGUAUCACUCGUGGUUUUCGUCACUGUCUGCGGCUGUAUAAAUGCAAAUUUUGAGUAUUGGCAGAUUCCAGCUGAAUCUGUGCCAUCGGGAUAUGGGAAAGGUGGAUUCUUGCCAUAUGGAAUUGUUGGUGUUAUUAAAGGUGCUGGAAUGUGCUUUUUUGCAUUUGUUGGAUUCGAUGUGAUUGCCACGGCUGGUGAAGAAGCAAAAGAUCCAAAAAGAUCAAUUCCAUUUGCAAUUUGUGUUUCGCUCGUCGUCAUUUUUAUCUCAUAUUUUGGAAUUUCCGCUGCACUGACAUUGAUGGUGCCAUAUUUCGAUCAAGAUACAACUGCUCCACUACCAACAGCAUUUCAUCAAAUCGGAUGGAUUAUCCCACAAUAUAUUGUCACAUUUGGUGCCAUUUUUGGAAUGUUUUCAAGCUUAUAUGGAGCAAUGUUCCCACUUCCUAGAAUCAUUUAUGCUCUUGCUGAAGAUGGGCUGAUUUUUGAGAUAUUUUCGAGGAUCCAUCCUAAAUUUAGGACACCAUUUUAUGGAACAUUGAUUGCUGGAUUGCUGACAGGAACGCUAUCGAUGCUUUUCAAUUUAAAUCAACUUGUUAGUAUGCUGAGUAUUGGAACGAUUAUGGCAUACUCAAUUGUUGGUGCUUGCGUCAUGAUCCUCCGAUAUGAAGUUUCUGAUUGUGAAGAAGACGAACUUGCUUUAAGUGGAAGUGAAGAUACAAUAAUUGAAAAAGUGUCUAUGCUUUUUAAUUGUUCAAAUCUCACAGAACCAACAAAAUUUACAUCCAAUUUGGUCACAUUUCUAGUGACACUUUAUGCAAUACUAAGCACAUGGAUGUCCAUGGUGAUUUCUCAAAUCGGUGAUAAGGUGCUAGAAGGUGAUAUCCUUACAACUAUUCUCCUAAUUACGCCAAUAUUAGGAAUGAUUAUAGUGAUGACAAUGAUAAGUCGACAGCCAAAAUCAUCAAAAGAAUUAUCAUUCAAAGCUCCAUUCAAUCCAUGGUUUCCAGCACUCUCAAUAAUGAUCAACAUUCAUCUCAUCACAGAACUUGAUAAAGCUACAUGGAUCAGAUUUGCAAUUUGGGUUGGAAUUGGAUUAAUUAUUUAUUUUGGAUACAGUCGUCGACAUCGAAAGAUUCAAACUCAAUCUCAAGAAAAUCUAAAUGAAUAAUCUUCCGUAUUUCAAUAAUAUAAAUCUACAAACCACCGCGAAAUUCAAUUCUCAUUUUAAACAUUUCAAUUAAUUAAUUUUUUCUCCCUGAUUCCUUUCCCCUGUUCUAACCUGACGCACCUCAUUUUCGGUAUUGAUAAAUUAAUCAAGAAAAAUCGGCUUCGCAUAACAAAAUGCUACAAAACAGCACCAUUUCUCGUGUGCUUAAUAUCGUUCGGGGCUACUCCAAUAUAAAUAACAAUUGUAUAUCCAUAACAAGCCAUAACACGAUGUUAAACAGUAAUGGGAACAACAUAAAAGACAAGAAAACGAGAGGAAUGAAAAAAGAGAGCUGAAAGAAUGAAUGAGGCAAGGAAUCGCGAACGAUUUACAUACGAAAAAGUGCCCAAGAACAAGCACAAAAAAAAAUGUUUGCGCGAAAAGAAGUCAGCAACAACAAUGUGCAACGUAAAAAGUCAUUAAUUAAUUUUGAUAAUCAUCGGUGUGUGUUUUUUGACUCUUUUUCUUCAUGGUGAGAUAUUUAUUUGCUGGUUAAAUGGUUUAUAUCCAUGACUGUGACUUUUGGAGGAAUUUUGUCAGAUUUUCUAGCGCGUUUUAUGGGAAAAUUUUUGUGAAUUUUUUGGAGCUGUUCAGUGGCGUA